UUCUCAUCACCAUCAACCAAGUGAGCAUCAGAGGACAAGAGUAAAGAAAGUUAGGAGAGGGUUGUGCUGCACGAUGAGCUCUUCCGUGGUGAUCCCGAUUCAAGAUGGAGGAGAAGGGGCUGCUCCGAAGACGGUGGAAAAGGAGAGCCUUGGGAAAAAUCUCUCGCCCGUCGCGUGUUUACUGAGAGGAAUGAAGGGCGAGCAUGACGUGAGAAGAGUGGUACAUAGUAUCAAGGUCGGGGUCGCGCUUGUUUUGGUCUCACUUCUCUACCUCCUCGAUCCGCUCUACAAACAAGUCGGGGAAAAUGCCAUGUGGGCUAUCAUGACCGUCGUCGUCAUCUUCGAGUUCUAUGCAGGGGCGACAUUGAGCAAAGGAUUGAAUCGCGGGAUGGGGACUAUAUUGGGUGGCGGGUUGGGGUGCAUAGCGGCGGUGUUGGCUCAAGAGAUUGGCGGGGUCGGGAAUCCCAUUGUCAUUGGCACGGCGGUAUUCAUCUUUGGUGCUGCGGCUACAUAUGCUCGGUCGGUUCCUAGAAUAAAGAAGAAGUACGACUACGGUGCCAUGAUCUUCAUCCUCACCUUCAAUCUGGUGGUUGUGUCCGGCUUACGAGCUGGAGAGGUCAUGGGAAUCGCCCGCCAACGCCUCUCAACGAUCGUGAUGGGGUUCUCGAUCUGCAUUUUCACGAGCUUGCUCGUCCUCCCUAAUUGGGCUAGCGACGAACUUCACAUAUCUAUUGCCUCCAAAUUCGAGCACCUUGCUUUUUCGAUUGAAGGACUACUGGAUAAGUACUUUGAGGUGGUGGUCGAUAAGGAAAGCAAGGCCGACGGAAGCUUCAAAGUCUGCAAAUCGGUUCUGCAUUCGAAAGCAAAGGAUGAGUCCCUGGCGAAUUUUGCGAAAUGGGAACCGUGGCAUGGGAAGUUUGGGCUAUCUUAUCCAUGGGACAAGUAUCUACAGAUUGGAGAGCUUCUUAGGGAAUUAGCAGCCACCAUUGUUUCACUUGAAGUUUGUAUUCAGUCUUCUAGACAGCCGACCGCCGAUCUAAGACAGUCAAUCAAGGAACCCUGUGAAUCGGUCGCGUCAUCCAUAACGUGGACUCUCCGGGAGCUUGGAGAGAGCGUCAUGAAGAUGAGAAGAUGCCAAUCACAAGCACUGCUCUUGCCAAAGCUCAAGUCAACAAGGCUUGAACUGAGGCACUUCAUGUCUCCCUCCAAGCUCGAGCAUGCGUGCGACUCAGGCGAGGAUCUCGCUGUCUCGACCUUCGUGUUUUUACUCACAGAGAUGGUGGAGAAGCUGGAGGGGCUGGCGAAGGAGGUGGAAGAGCUCGGCAAGCUCGCUGAAUUCAAGACUAAUGAUCUGUAGUCGGAAAUAUUUUAUGAGGAUCGACUACCCAAUUAAUUAUAACGACUCAAAUGACCAUUUUGCCAAUUGUUCGCGCCGUGUUUCUCUGUGUAGGCAUACAUACAAGGAAUAUGAUUAGAAGAAGAAAAAACUGGUGUAUGGUACUACGAUAUGAACAUGAAAAUGGUCGCGAUCGUGGAACCUCUUUGUAGUUUUUGUGAGUGCGCGAAGACGUCUGAUUAGAAAUUCUAACCUUGUAAUCUCACCAAUGAUGAAGUGAUACUAUUUGUUAAUAUAUAUACUCUUGGACUGCA